AUGAGAGUUGUGGACAACUUGUUGGAAUGGCAACCCACGACUUCUGUGAUUUGCUGGUUUCAAGCACAUACUUGUUCCUCACAAAAUGCAGUUCAUGAAAUGGUAGAGCUCUCGCUUCCGACACCAGUAAAAGCCAGCAGUAGCUCUCCGUUCGCCAGCAGCAGUCAUCAGUCACGACUCUCAGUACAGCAAAUUUAUGAGUGGAGAGAUACUUUCGCUGCCGCGUACGACUCGUCUCGCUUCGAUCUGCAAGCACUACUUGAUGGCGAUAAACGCGAUGCUAGAAAUACUUACACUCUACCUCUGGCUAUUGCUGCUCUCUUUUCGAUGAAACGCGCAAAGGUGUUGUCAAAAAGGUACAUUUUCCAGGAAGCGAGGUCGAUCAAGGCCUUGAUCGCAGGUUAA